UAAAUAGGCAAAUAGGCUGCUGCUGUGAAGCGACGGCAGCCUAAAGUGAUGGAAAGGAAGCUGCAAAGCUCGGUGAAGAAUAGAUCUUCUUCCAUCGGAGUUUGGAGCUCAUUCGUUUGCUCACAAAAUCAUCCAGCUUGACAUCCAAACGCCUCACAAAACAAACAACCACAAAACCACAGUCUCUCCUUUAGCCAAGAAGCAACAACACAACUCUAGAGAUCAUGUUCUUCAAUCAGAUUCCAGUGAACCUCCCCAGCACUGUCACAUCCACCAGCACAGGCACCAGCACCAGCACCAGCAGCACCAACGACAUGUUCAGUGCUUCGGCUUUUAUUGCUGAGAACUUGGCCAAUGCUACCAAUGCCAAUGCUACCAAUGCCACUAUUAAUAGCAAUGCCGCUGCAGCUGCUCCUGUAAAAAAGGUCAAGUCUAGUACCGACAAGACCAAGACACUGUUGCCAGUGGACUUUGAGCCGAGCGAAUACUCUGUGAUUUGCGGCAACAAACGCACAUAUUUCAACUCGGUGGGCAACCGUCGCUUUCGCGUGAUUUGCAAGAUGCACGCCAAGGAAUUCCUGAAUGCCGAGAGCAAACACGAAAAGUCGUUUGUGGUUUCCACCGUCAUGAAGACGCUCAAGGAUGCGUGUCCCGUCGGUGCCUUUGUCGCCUUUGAAAAUGGACGUUGGUGGCAAUGCAGCGAACGGACCAGUCGAGAAAAAGUCGGAACUUUCUUUCGCGAUCUCGCCGGAGCGGCAUACAAGUCCAGUUCCAAAAAUAAAAUUGCCCAGCGACGCAUCAAGCGUUCUCAGUGCAGUGAUCUCUCUUCUAGUACCGGUACUAGUACAGAACAAGAAGAUACUACUACUACUAUGCCUACCGGUAUCAGUAAACCAGCUGCUGUCUCCAGAAGAGCCAUUAGUGCCCCCAUCAGCUCUACUACCAGUCUUCAUGAGUUGUUCACUGCCACUUCCAAUUCCAACAACAGCAACGCUUUCAACAACACUUCCAAUCCUCUGUCUUCUCUGGAACAAAUCAUGAGGGCUUCUUCCUGCACGGCUCCCUCUCUUUUGCCUGCCAUUGCUCAAUUGCAACGCGAACAACAACCACAACUAGAAAACUUUGAAAGUAUCAUUUCCGGUCCACUCUUGUUUGCGGACAACAACAACAACAACGACACAAACAACCAAGAUGAUGACCACAGCACCGCAUCUUCUUCCGGGGCUUCCUUUUACGAUGUUGACGAUCUCAUGCCAUGUGCUCUGUAAGAAACAUGACGCACAGCACAGGGGAGCGACAAACAAGACCAAUCCAGUCAGGCAGGCAGGCAGGCAGGCAGGCAAACCAAGUCUUUUUUCUAUUGGUAGUACUUAGGUGUCAUUCAUAUAUUAUUAUUCU